UGAGAGAGAGGAAACUGAACAGAGAGUCAAGACGUUAUUUAAGAACGUCAUUGACAGUGAUAUCUUAGUCAGUGUAUCAAAGAUUCUCGUGUAGGUUAAAAACUGUUUGAAAUAUUGUAAUAUACAAAAAUAUGACGAAUCAAGAAGAUUAUUUUUACGACUUUGCUAUGAAAUUAGUUCUUGAAGCUGGACUAGUAUUAAAAAUCAGCAUAGAAGCUAAAAAAACGAUUAAAGAGAAACAAGGUGAUUGGGAUCUUGUCACAGAAUAUGACCAGAAAAUAGAAGACACAAUUGUAGGAAAGUUAAAACAAGAGUUUCCUAAUCAUAAAUUUAUUGGAGAAGAAUCAACUGGAGCUAAUCUUCCAGAAUUGACAAAUGAUCCUACAUGGAUUAUAGAUCCAAUUGAUGGAACGAUGAACUUUAUUCACUGUUUUCCUCACACGUGUGUGGUCAUUGGCUUGGCAAUCAAUAAAGAAGUGAGAAUUGGAAUUGUAUACAAUCCUAUUUUGGAGCAAUUGUUUACAGCAAGAAAAGGACGAGGUGCUUUUCUUAAUGGACGUCCUAUAAAGACAUCGAAUAUCCAAGAUAUUUCUAAAUGUCUAGUUUGUAUUGAGCCAGGAUUUCUCAAAGUUGCAAGUUUAAAGAAUAAAAUGUUUGAAAGAAUUCAAUUAAUUACAAAAAAAACUCAUGGAGUGAGAACUCUGGGAAGUGCAGCUAUAACAUUGUGCUAUAUUGCCCUUGGAGCAGUUGAAGGUUAUCACAUAGAAGGACCAGGAAUCUCAACAUGGGAUAUUGCUGCAGCUUCAUUAAUUAUUUCUGAAGCGGGCGGUGUUGUUGUAGAUCGUGUAACUGGAAAAACUGUUGACAUUAUGAAUCCACGAGCUAUUGGUGCUUGCAAUGAUAAAAUUGCUCAAGAAUUGGUAAAAAUAAUUCAUGAAGCUGAUCGUCUUGCAGAGCUUAAUGAAUCUCAAGAGAAAUUUUAAUGAGAUCUUUUACUUUAUCAUGAUGCCAAAUACAGAAAAGAACCGAUUUUUUAAUUUAAAAAAAAAGUAUCAUUUCUUCGGAGUUAAUGCAUAAAUUUUCGUAAUUUCUGUAAUAGUUGUUAGUCUCAAUUCUUACUCAACACAAGCAAAAAGUAGAUUGCUGAUAUAGUUGUCCUCUACGAUGACAACUAAAAAGUUCAAAUCAAUAUACCAUUAUAAAUCAUUUAUAUAGUUAUUUAUUCCUUGUUAAUAUUCAAUCAUUGCUCAAUAAAUAAAUAAAAAAUGA